AUGCCCAAAUAUCCAAUCGUGCUCGCCCAUGGCCUUCUGGGCUUCGCAGAGCUGAAGCUUGCGGGAUCUUACCUCCCCCCAAUCCAUUACUGGCACGGUAUCAAAGAAGCUCUGACCGCGCACGGCGCCGAGGUCAUCACUGCUACAGUGCCGCCAACUGGUAGCAUCGAAGAGCGCUCUGCAAAGUUGCGCGACCACAUACUCACGGAAUCCCAUGGACGACCAGUGAAUAUCAUCGCCCAUUCGAUGGGCGGAUUGGAUGCGAGAUACAUGAUCAGUUAUGCCCACAGACGGCGGGUCCAGAAGCAGGAAAAGCAGCACCCCUCGAAUGACAUCAACGUUCGAUCCCUGGUCACAAUCGCUAGCCCUCACCACGGGUCUGCAUACGCAGACUACCUUCUAGACCAAAUAGGACCGGACCGUUUACCUGGUGUCUACGAAGCGUGGAAACGCACGACAGGGUUCGGCACAGGUGCCUUUGCGCAGCUUACACGCAAGUACAUGGCACAGGAAUUCAACCCGAGAACGCCGGACGACCCAGACGUGCAGUAUUUCUCGUAUGGCGCGGCACUGAAUCAGAAACCUCCUCUCCUGAGUCCCUUCCGGGCCUCUUUUAACGUCCUGAGUAGGGAGGAAGGGCCCAACGAUGGUCUAGUGAGCGUGGAGAGUGCCCAAUGGGGGACGUACAAGGGGACAUUGGAGAAUGUCAGUCACCUAGAUCUGAUAAAUUGGACAAAUAGGGUCAGAUGGGCAAUGAGGAAGUUGAUGGGAGAGGAGAACCCUUUCAACGCUACCGCCUUCUACGUACAGAUCGCAAGCCUCGUGUUGGCCAUCCUCACCCACACAGCCAUAUUCCGCGCUCAGACAUUAAUGCCCGUUGAAGGGCGCCCCAGGACCAUUCAAGUCAACGUUACUCCAGUUCGCAAUGGAGACGUCCUCGCCUCCGUCAUGGAAUUCAAAUUCAAGAUCAUUUCGCCGUCUGGGUCCAAGUAUACCCUCAAACAGCCAUCGGCCAGUGACGAAGCACGCCUCUUCACGAGACUGCCACAAGAUCACAUUCGCAAUUUUUCCAACCAGUUUAGCUGA